GAGCACAUUUUGGUGCAUGCAGGAUCUGGAGAUGGGAUCGGCAGAAGGCGGCGGGGGGAGCAAACUCCACCCAGCAGAUAGGGAUCUGUGGCAGGCGGAGCGGAGGGCAGCUUGUGCCGAAGGGGCUCGGGGGCCGGUCGGUCUGGACUCUUGACAAGUCCCGCAGGAAAAAACUUCACAGGGGGCAAAGUCCGACCGAGUGUGAGGGAGACAGGGGUGGAAGUUAAUGUGUGCGCGUUUGUGUGCGUGUCUGUGUGUGUGUCUGUGUGGGAGAGAGAGAGACUGAGAGAGUGAGAGAGCGCGCCGGGCACAAAAAAAAAAUCACAUGUCAUUUUAAAAAAGAAAUGCUCCAAAGAUGGCGGUGGUGAUCGCGACGGGAGUUUCAGGUGCCUCCGGAGUGCAGAAAAGUGGAUUUGCGGAGGUUUUGGUGCGGGAGAGCUGGCACAAAGUUUUGGUCAACUUGAACGAGGAAGCGCUCACGUUGAGCUGCGAGGAGAGCAGCGGCGGCGGCGGCGUUAAUGACAGCGUGAGCGACAGUGUCAACUCCAACGGCGUUACCAACGGAUCUUACCUUGACAACAACAACGCCAACUCCAACAACGGCCCGCAGACCGUGCGCACCGCGUUCACGGACCUCCCCGAGCGAGUGCCCGAGGCGAUCGCCAACAGAAAGCGGUGCGUCAAGGUGGCCAAGCAGGAGAUCGGGGGGCUCGGGAUCAGCAUCAAAGGCGGGAAGGAGAAUAAAAUGCCCAUCCUCAUCAGCAAGAUCUUCAAGGGGCUCGCAGCGGACCAGACCCAGGCGCUGUAUGUCGGGGACGCGAUCCUGUCCGUGAACGGCAUGAACCUGCGGGACGCGACCCACGACGAGGCUGUGCAGGCGCUGAAACGUGCCGGGAGAGAGGUGACUCUGGAAGUGAAGUACAUGCGUGAGGCCACACCGUACGUCAAAAAGGGCUCCCCUGUGUCGGAGAUCGGCUGGGAAACCCCGCCUCCUGAGUCGCCCCGCCUUGGCAGCUCCCCCAUCACCACCUUGUCCGACCCUCCGAGCCCUCCUCCCCAGCCCUCCCUGUCUCUGCAGGGCGACAGGAGGUGCAUACCACUUAAGAUGUGUUAUGUAACCCGAGCCAUGACCACACCAGACCCUGAGAACAGACAACUGGAGCUGCACUCCCCUGACACCAGGCACACAGUGGUGCUGCGAUGCCCGGACCAACCAUCUGCCCUGUCCUGGUUCUCCGCCAUGCACUCUGUCACAUCCACACUGGCGCAGCGGGCGCUGGCAGAGGUCAUCCAGAACACAGCCAGGACGGGAGUUGCUGGCAGCAAAGAGAUACGACACCUGGGAUGGCUGGCAGGGAAGACGGAGAGUGAGAAGCAGAGCUGGAAGCCGGUGCUGGUGGUGGUGACAGAGAAAGACCUGCUGCUGUUUGACAGUCUACCGCGAGGCAGGGAGGCCUGGCAGAGCCCUGCACACACUUAUCCACUUUUGGCAACACGUCUGGUCCACUCUGGGCCCGACCGGGGGUCGCCUCACUCUGGCACGGAGCUUUUCUUUGCCACACGGACUGGCACGCGACUUGGAAUCGAGACUCACCUGUUCCGGGCUGAGACCACCAAGGAUCUGUCAGUGUGGACCAGGCACAUAGUCAAUGGAUGUCAUUCCUCUGCUGAGAUGAUCAAAGAAGUCACUACGAGUUGUCUGUACCGGGGUCAGGAGUGCCGGCUGGUGAUUCACUACGAGCAGGGCUUCUCUGUGCUGGCUGAUCCCACGCUGGGAGACAGGGAGAGCGUGGAGGAAAGAGAAGCUCAGACGCCCACCCGGCCCCGGGUGCUCCUCUCCUACCCCUACGAGAAACUAAAGAUGUCCUCCGAUGACGGAGUCCGCAUGCUCUUCCUCGACUUCGGAGGGAAGGAGGGGGAGAUUCAACUGGACCUCCACUCGUGUCCGAAGCCCAUCGUCUUCAUCCUGCACUCCUUCCUCUCCGCUAAGAUCGCCCGCCUGGGUCUGGUGGCCUGACCUGUCUAAAGGGACAUUUCAUCUCCUUUGAAAACAGAAAUCCACCUUGUUUUUCCACCUCUCUGCAGCCCGCAUGCAGUACAACACGUCAAGACUCUUUCAGUCGGGGACCCAAGCUGAGUGAAUGUAGCCUCUAUGUGGAAGUCGACCGUUUUGGGGUCUUCAACUGCAAGUUAAAGGAGAAAACCAAUCCAGACUGGUUCUGCUGUGAGUGAAAGGGACAGAUUCCUGUGGGGUAAACCCUCCCUUAAGGGCUGCAUGGACUAAAGUGUUGACUGAAGAACCACAGAAGAAGACAUGUAUUGGACUAGAAGAAGAGAGGUGACAUAAUGACAGACUUUUCAAAGGAGCCGAUUGGGCAUUACUGUCACGUCCAGGAUUGGAAGGACUGGACAUGUGCCGCACGGUUGAGAUGAAUUCACUUUUAAUUCAAUCAAAAUGUAAUAGCAAACUGCCUUCCAUUUACCAAUUAUAUAAUUUAUUCACCAUUAGCUCUGAAAGGACAUUCUGAAUUUCACCCGGUCAUUUUUCUUCACCCAACACUCGACACUGUGGGCAAACUUUAUGCAUUUGUCUUUGUUAGUGUUCCCUGAAAUGUCUCUUUACCAACGUCAGCAUUCAUCAUUAGACUGAGAAGCUCAGUCGGCCACAAAGUGAUGGCUGACUCAGAUCUAUAAUGUCACGGUGUUCUUUUAACAGGUUGCAUACGGUGACCAUUGGUGAGGUCAAAGUAUUUCACUUUGACUGAUUAUGACUGAUCUGGAGUCAGCUCUAAUGCCUCAAAUACAAAAAAAAGAAUAAUUGGCUUUAAAUUAAAAUAAAAUAAACUCAGGCACUCAGAUUUUUGAAUCAUAUUUAAAUUCCAUAAACAAGAAAAAAACUCAAAUUGAACAGGUGAAAAAUUUAAGUCACUUGUUAUUGGAACUUUGUCUGCGACUGCAGAUUCAGGUGGCAGAAAUAUGAUUCAUUAAAUAUUGAAUAUUAAUGGAGGUUUAUGAUGAAGUCAGUCAUAAAUCAAUAAUUUAUCUCUAAUUGAUUAACUAAUUAAUGAGGUCAUAGUCAGAAAACUUUGGUAAACACAUUUUGACAGUGUAGUUUAAAGCAGUAGUUUAACCUCACAGUGAAAAUACGACUUUGUCCUUCCUUUCUGAGAGUUAGAUGACUGUCUGUUACAUAUGACGCUCUAGCCACAAGCCGGUUAGCUUAGCUUUGCCAAAUGAGUGGGCACAGAGGGAAACAAGGUCCACCCAAACUCUGUCUAAAGGUAAAACAAAAUCCACCUCGAGUCACCUUCAGAGCUCAGUGAUUAACAGGUUUCUCCUUGUUUUUUUGUAUUCUGCACUGGGCUAAUAGGCUAAUUCAGGCUGUAAACAGAUCUGAAAUUGAACAGAAGAUAAAGUUUUUGAAGAUUACCAUAAGUUCACAUUCAGACAAAUAAUAAUAAAAAAGGAUACCAUGAGAUAUGUACACUUUUGGGUUUUGUACAGAUUAAAGUGGUCAGACCUGAUGUGUUAAUUAGUUGUCUUUAGAGCUCCUGGGAGGUUGAUUUUGUUACAUUUGUAAAGCUCUAGGUUACCCCUUUCCCUGUUUCCAUUGUUUAUGCUAAGCUAACUAGCUACAGGCUAUAGCGUUAUAUUUAACAGAGGGAUAUCAGAGUGGUAUUGAUCUUCUCAUCCAACUCUCAGUAUUAUGUUUCAAGGCCGAAACCGACUGCUGGACACCAGGCAGGCAAGGUGGACAAAACAAAAAGUGAGCUUUAAUGACGUAAUGCUGAAAACCAGGCAACAAAAACUGAGGCAAAAAUCCAAGAACAAAAAGCAAAAUAAAAGAACUAAACUAAGAUCAAAACAGAAUUACACGGUGGGAACACAGGCAGGGAUGAUCACAAAGGACUAAAAACAUUGCUUACCUGACAACUCAAAGAGGGAAACACAUGGACGAAAUACACUAGAGUCCAAUUAGCUAAGUGACACAAGUUGUGCAGAAAACAAACGGGGAAACAGACAAAGACAGGAAGUGACUCACAACAUGGCACAUGAAGAGAGGGAACACUGUAAAAUCUGACGUUAGUGACUUUACUUUAAAAAACUCCAGCACACCAAUGACUUCAAGACUAAUCAUUUUAAGCUAUUAAAACUUUUUAGCUUGUACAACUUAAAUUUAAUAGAGUACUCUACUGGGUGAUUGUGAGGUAAUCGGUUUCCUGACUUGUCAACUUAAAUCAGGAAAAAUAAAUGAAAGCCUGAAACCAUAACACUCAGCAAGACAGCAACGAAGCGUUCUGUUUAUAUGGAAAACUAAGAAAAUCAAAUGGUGCCACAGUCAACCCAUCACCUAUCAUUUAUCUUGCAUUAUAGUGACGUAGCCAUCAUAGGAGUCUUAAAUCCUGCGCUAGUCAGCGCGGCUCAUUAUCUUCUUUGGAUGUUACGCAGCAGAUCAGAUCUGUGCGCAGCACUGUCUCUGACAUGGCUGGCUGCCAGGUCCUUUCCUCGUGCCUUCAGAUGACUGAAUUUAGAAAGAGAUUGAUCGCAGGGAUCCGUAUGGAGCAACAAGGCGACUUCUAUAAUGGCUACUUUACUUUUGGUUGUGAGCACAGAGAUUCCUUACAUUUCCAGUGGCCCGUCUCACACACACACACACACACACACACACACACACACACACACACACACACACACACACACACACACACACACACACACACUGUGAGCAAUGAUUUACACAUUGUAAUCCUACCACUCUCUAGAAGAAAUAUCAUGUGUUUUGUUGAUACUAAACGAUAGUGGAGGCGAUGUAACACUUUUGUUCAGACAAGAAUCCAGCACUUACUGAUAACCUCGGGUGGAGAGGAGUUGCUUUGAUAUGUAGAAUACUCUGAUGCCUUCGGCAGCUACUGUACUGUCACUCAGAAUGAUGAAGCUUAGUUUUUAACAAACGGUGCACAUAAAUCAUGUAUUUAACAAAA